CGGACUUAUCAAUUUGCCCAGUUAUCUUCUGAGAAGGCAUACACAGAUCGUGCACAAUACCGUCCGCUUAGUACCAUGUCUUCCGACGAUAACGGGUUUGACCUGAAGAACUGGGUGUGGAUCCCAGACACAGACGAUCUUUUCACCAAGGGCUACAUCACAGAUUACAACAAGGACGGCACCUGUCAAGUCACAGUAGUCGGUGGAAACGGCAAUGGAACACAACGAGUAGUACCGCAAGACCAGCUUGAGAAUUGUAACCCUGCCAAAUUCAAUAAGUGCAAUGAUAUGGCUGAGUUGACACACUUGAACGAACCCUCUGUGGUGUACAACUUGUAUUUGAGAUACAAUGACGAUUUGAUCUACACAUAUUCUGGACUUUUUUUGGUCGCUAUCAAUCCCUAUAAGUCACUUCCAAUAUAUGAUACUCGAACGCUUGAACGCUACCAUUCUCACGUUUUCGAAAGGCCUCCUCCUCACAUCUUUGCUACAGCUGAGGGUACUUACAGAAAUCUUUUGUCCAACAAAAAGAACCAAUCCAUUCUCGUGACUGGUGAAUCUGGUGCUGGGAAGACGGAAAAUACGAAGAAGAUCAUCCAGUACUUGUCAUCGAUAACUCAUCCUGUAGGCGGCUCUACGCCGUCUUCACCAGAGAAAAUCAGAGAUAUUUCCACCCAUUCUCGUACCAUUGAUACCAGGAUUCUUCAAGCAAAUCCGAUUCUUGAAAGCUUUGGAAAUGCCAAAACCAUCAAGAAUAACAACUCAUCGAGAUUUGGUAAGUUUAUCCAGAUAUACUUCUCUUCACGAGGAGAAAUCAGUAGAGCCAACAUAGACUACUAUCUCUUGGAGAAGUCCAGAGUAGUAUAUCAGGCGUCUCAGGAACGUAACUAUCAUGUAUUUUACCAAUUCUUGAAAGGGUACGACCAGUUGUCCAACUUUGGCUUGAACAAAGACAUCACCACGUAUAAAUACUUGAACAACCCCAAGAUCACCAUUCCCAAUGUAGACGACUUCAAGGAGUUCAAUAUCUUACUGGAAGCAUUCAAGAUCAUGGGUUUUGAAGUCUCCGAAAUAAAUCACAUUUUCCAGAUCUUAGCCGUAGUAUUGCAUCUAGGAAACUUGGAGUUCACCUCUUGGAAGUCCGAACAAGCAAGCUUCACACAGGAGUCACCAGUGCAAAUUAUAACGGAACUCUUGGGAAUAGACCAAAGCGACUUCACCAAUAAUAUCUUGAGGCCUAAAGUCAAGGCUGGCAGAGAAUUUGUUCAGAAGUCCAAGAAGGCAUCAGAGGCUAAGUACGCCAUAGACGCAUUUGCCAAACAUCUCUAUGAGAAGCUUUUCCAGCUCAUAAUAGCCAGAAUCAAUGUCAAUUUGGAAAACGAUUCUGACCAAGCAAAUGAAGACCUCAAUUUUAUCGGAGUCUUGGAUAUUGCAGGGUUUGAAAUUUUUGAAAUGAACUCCUUCGAGCAGCUUUGUAUCAACUAUACAAACGAGAAGUUGCAACAGUUUUUCAACCACCACUCCUUUAUUCUUGAACAAAGCGAGUACUUGAAGGAAGCCAUCCAAUGGGAGUUUAUUGAUUUCGGUCUCGAUUUACAACCCACCAUUGAUUUGAUAGAAACAAAGAAUCCUAUGGGUGUUUUCAAGCUUUUAGAUGAAGAAUGUGUUAUUCCAAAUUCUUCUGAUAAGUCAUUCAUGGAAAAGUUGGCAGAUCAUUGGGCUAGCGGCCAAAGCAAGAAGUUUCAGCAAAACAAGUUCAAGAGUGGAUUUAUCAUUCAUCAUUAUGCUGGAUUGGUCGAAUAUAAUGUAGAUGGCUGGUUACAAAAGAAUACCGAUCCUGUUAGCGAAAAUUUAUUGAGCUUGCUUCCAUACUCUUCGAACAAUUUUAUUAGGGAUAUGUUUGAGAACGACGAACAUCUUGUGGUGGAUCCCAAGAGAGGUGCCAAGUUGCAGACUGCUUCUCUGAAACACAAAGAUCAAUUAAAAGAUUUGAUGGACCAAUUAGAAUGCACUGAACCACAUUUCGUAAGAUGCAUUUUGCCUAACCUCAACAAGAAAGCUAACAAGUUUGACAAAAAUCUCGUUUUGAGCCAAUUGAGGUGUAACGGAGUUUUGGAAGGUAUCAGAAUUACAAGAGCUGGCUAUCCAAAUAGAAUGACGUUUGACGAAUUCUACCAAAGAUAUGCAAUAAUUAACGUAAAGGAGAUAUAUACCAAAGACCUCAAGACCAACAGUGAACGGAUCUUGAGAUUUGCCGAAUUGGAUCCGGAUACGUUCAAAGUCGGUGUGACAAAAAUUUUCUUUAAGAAUGGUAUUCUUGGAAAAUUGGAAGAAAUGAGAGAUGUUAGUUUGAAAAGAUUAUUCACUGAUGUACAAAGUGUAAUUAGGGGAACUUCUAUAAGAUCAAACUUGCAAAAGAAGAUCAGAGAAGUUCAAUCAGCCCAAAUCAUUGCAAGAACUAUGAAACAGUUGGACGAAUCUAGAAGUUCAAGUCUUUGGAUGGAUUUAUUUAUUAAUAUCAAACCGCUUUUGGAAGAAUCAGUCAAAGUGCUUGAAGAUGCUGAAAUGAGUGAAAAAGUCAAAGAUAUAAGUCUGAAAUUAGAAGAAGCAGAAAAGUCAAAGAGCAACCUUGAGGAUGAAAAUUCCAAAUUGAAAGAGCAAGAACAAAUCAACAAAUUAGAAGACGAAAUCAUAACUACUACCAAUUUGGUUAAAGACAAAGAUCUUAAAUUAGAGAAGGCAAAAAGUGAAGAAGCUAAGAUUUCGUCAAGGAUUCGUGAAUUCGAACUGAAAAUUAAUCAAAUGAAACAAGAAAACAAUAAGUUGUCAGAAGAGAAGAAACUACUAGAUUCCAAGCUUAAAGAGUCUUCAGAAAAUUCGAAUAGGAAUAUUGCUGAUUUGUCAUCCUUGACUAAAGAACGUGAUGAUUUCAAGUCCAAAUUGGCCGACUUGGAAUUGGUUGUGAAGAAACACAAGCUCGAGAAGGUAGAGAGAGAAAAGCAUAUUGAAGAUUUAAAAAAGGAACAUGCUUCUUUGAAGUCAAGUAGUGAAUCUAAAGUGGAGGACAUGAAACAGCUCAGCAGAAAGUUAGAGGAGGAGAUAUCGAAGAACAGUUUGAUAUUGCCAAAGCAUGAAUCUUUACUCGAUGAAGUUAAGAAAUUGAAAGAUCUUCUUUCGAAACUGGAGUCUGAUUUAGAACUGAAGGAUAGAGAAAUUCAAGAGACAAUGUCAAAGCAAAAACUUUUCGAAGAAGAAAACAUUAAGGUUCUCGAAGGAACGAAUAAAGCUUUGAAGAAGGAAGUCGAGAGCCACAAGGAUGAAAUUGCUCAGAAAAAUGCACAGGUGGAAAAGCUCCAAAUUCAGGUUGCAAAAUUAAGCUCCUUGGAAAAAGAGACUGAACAACUCAAUACAUUGGUAACUAAUCAAUCUUUGGAAAUUCAAAAUUUGCAAGAACAAUUGUCUGAUUCAGUAAGAGAAAAUAAAUCACUUUCAGUCGUUGUUGAAAAGCUCAAAGUUGAUUAUGAUGCAGCAAGAAUAGCCAAAGAAGAGUACUCAGACAAAAUUUUUAUUUUAUCGAAGAAGUUAUCUGAAUUAGAAGAGGAAGCUAGAGAGAAAGAGAUCGAGAAAGAAAAUCAGCCACCCGAUCCAGCAUUUGUCGAAGAAUUUGCUCAUAUCAAGUUGAAAUUGAAUGAAAACACUGCUGCAUUGCGCAAAGAAAAGUUUGAGAAUAAGAAGUUGGUUGAAGAACUUUCCAUGCUCAGGGAUAGAUUUCACAACGAAUCUCAACAGGAUAGACUGCCAAUCAAGCAAAAUGAACUUCGUAGUCGUACAGAAACUUUAGAUCUGUUGCACGAAGAGAUAAAUUCAUUGAAACUCCAACUUCAACAAGAAAUGUCCAAUUCUCAAAGAGCAGAAAAUUAUGCAAUUGAUAUUCAAAAGAAAUUGAAUCGUUUACUGGCGACAAGAGGAAUUAAUAGCUGGACUGAUUACGAGAAGAAAUUCAGAGAAUCGCAAAGAAGAGUUCUGGAACUUGAAGGCAAAUUUGAGGAAUUCAUAUCAGCGGACGAGAGUUUCUCUGAAGCAAGCAGAUCAAUCUCAAAAAGUGAUAGUUUUGGCCGUAUCAGCUUCAGUAUGACAUCAAAUCUGGACUUUGCUCAAAUUUAUCAGGACAUUACCAAGACGCUUAGGACGACUCGUGAAGAACUUACAACUUCGAAGAGCGAAAUUCUUCGAUUGAAAUCGCUACUCAGAGAGUCAGAAGAUGAAUUAUAUUCGGCUAAAACGGCCAAUUUCAAGACAUCAAUUUCUGACUAUGAAGACAAGUUGGCACAGCUUACAGUUAGACACGAUACCCUUCGCACUAAGAAUUCUGACCUUGCUCUGAAUCUAGAGCUAUACAAGAGGAGAUCAGAAGAGUAUUAUGACAAGCUUGAACUUGCUGAAGCUGCUGUUCAAAUCAGCAAACGUCACGAAGAAUCUGCUCUCAAUGAUUUGAACGAGACAAAGAACCAGUUAAAGCUUGCUAAGGAAGAGGCUAGAACUUCUCAGAUCAUGAUCAAAGAGAUUAGAACAAAUAACUCCAAGCUUGAAGAAACAAUUCAAGACAAGAACUUUGCCAUGAAACAACAAGAAGCUAAGAUCAAGGAGUUGAAAGAAAAGAUAUACUACCACAAGAAGAACUACGAGAAUAAAGAAAAGACUGAUAAGUACAGAGAAGAAAUCAUAACCUUGAACAAGGAGUUAGCAUUCAAGACAGAUACCGAGAACAGUUUAAUUAAGGACAGCAAGAAGCUUCAGCUUGACCUUGAAGAUUUAACUAAAGAAAAGAAAACAUUGGAAGAAGAUUAUGCAUUGAAGAUUGAACACGUAAAUGUCUUGGAGACGAGAGUAGAUUUACUUUCGAAUAAAUCCAGACAGUUGGAGAAUGCUCAGGAAAUCAACGAUAGAAAGAUAGGGAAUUUGAACAAACAAGUUCUGUCGUUGAGAGAGUUGGUUGAAUCUGUUACGAAUCAGAGAGACGAAUUACUUGAGACCAAGGCCAAACUUGAGGAUCAGCUUCUGGAACUUACACACAAACUUGAUUUGUCGGAAGCUGAAUUGGCUCAGACCAAUAAGGAUAUGAACAUUUUGAGAACACACCUUGAGAACCAAAGACAAGAAUCCAGUGAAAUCAAAUCGGAGUUAUCUCAAUCUAGAUCGUCGAUUAGUAGUGAGAUGCAAGACUACCAGAAAUUAAGAAAAGAACAUUUGGUGUCAUCUGAAGAAAACAUUACGUUGAAGAAAAUUAACAAAGAAUUGAGUUCGAAGGUUCAUGAGUUGGAAGAAAAACUUUAUGGCAAUGAACAGCUUAGAUUCUGGGAAGACAAGGUCAGAGACCUCAUGAAGGAGUUGGACAAUUCUCAGAGCGAAAACCAUGAAGCAUCAAGGACUAUUAAGAAUUUGGAAAAGGACGUCAAGCAAUUGGAAAUUAAGAUUGCAAAUGAAGCUCAACUAAGAAAGAAAUACAACGACGAAAACUUCGAUUAUCAGAAUAAAGUUAGCCACUACAAGUCUUCGCUCGAUAUUCUCCAGAACGAGCAACUGGAGAAAGACUUGCAAAUAAGAACAGCAGAACGAGAGAAUAUUAAUCUCAAGGAGAGCAAGUUGCUGUUGGAAAAAGAGGUAUUAGAAUUGAGACAAAGACUAGGGAUCAAUGCUUAAAAUCUACUUUCAUGUUAUAUAUAUGUACAUUAUUUACAAAUCUUCUAUCAAUAACGCUAAAACGAAUACUUUUAGAUCUUGA